AGGAGAAAAGAAGAAAAAACAGAAUUUCCGCCACAUUGUCCAGCAGCCCCGUUUUCAGUCCGGAUCGAAGGCCAAACGAAGUCCGAUCGUGCUCAAAUUUUAGUAUGUUGUUCCUCACAUACUUCUCUUCAAAUCCAACAGUCAGUUUCUCGUUUUGAUGCCCGGAAGGUGGUUUUCUUGCUGCAUUUUCAGACCUGCGUUUUUGGGAGUUUUUACUCUAUUUUAUGGUGAAUUGUUGAUUGUUGUUGUUCCAAGGUUGCUCCUUGAUGAUUGUGUAUACCUCUAGUAUUUACUAGAGAGGAGAACUUGUUGUACCCACUUGAUUCUUGGUGAUUAGUGGAAGUUUGGGAGCCGUUGUUGAGCGGCCGUGGUUUUCUUCCUGAUUUGGGGUUUCCACGUAAAUCGUGUGUUCUUUAUUUUAUUUCCGUUGCUAUUUAUUUGUGGUGGUGCUGCUGAUUUUUGGAGUAUAUAGUGCUUUGUUGUUCAUCUCAUUAAUUUGGGGAAAAGAUUUUAUACGCUUCCGUUGUGUUUUGUUCCGUGCUUCCCCAACAAAGUGGUAUCAGAGCUUGAUUAUUUAUUGGUUGGCUUCUUGUGUUGUUUAUGAUGGAUGACAAAGUAAUUGUUCAAGGAAUGGUUAGUUUGGACUCUACAAAUUAUUUAAUUUGGAAAAUUCGUAUUGAGGAUUAUUUAUGCUCUAAAGAUUUGCUUGACCCAAUUUUGUAUAAAUAACGUCCAACAGGUGUUGAUGAGAAAGCUUGGACUACCUUGAACCGGAAAGCUAUUGCAUCAAUCCGACAAUAUGUUUCUUUAAGUGUGUUGCAACAUGUUGCUAAUGAAACUAAUGCUUUUGAGAUGUGGAAGAAACUUGAAUCCAUGUACGAGAGGAACAAUGCUAUGGGAAAAGCUUCUUUGAUUAGGAAGCUUGUUAAAUUGCAAUACAAAGAUGGUGAUAACAUUGUGGUUCACAUGAAUGAGUUUCAAGGUGUGGUAAACCAACUAGCCGGAAUGAAGAUGAAAGUGGAGGAUGAACUUCAAGCUUUGUUGUUGCUUUCCUCAUUGCCCGACAGUUGGGAUACAUUGGUGGUUUCACUUAGCAACUCUGCUCCGGAUGGCAAGAUGACUAUGGAGAUGGUCAAGGCUAGUCUUUUGAAUGAAGAGGCUAGGAGGAAAGAAUCAGGUUACCCUAGCCAAGCUGAAGCAAAUGUGAUUCCAGAAUCUAGCAGGGGGAGAAGCAAGAGUAGAAAUCCUCAUUACAGAGACAAGUCCAGGGGGAGAUCCAAAUCCAGAAAGAGAGAUUUCAUUUGCCAUUAUUGUCAGAAGCCGGGUCACAUUGAGAGAUUCUGCAGAAAGAAAAAGAGGGACAUGUCCAGGGAGAGAAAAGAUAAAAAUGAGAAUUCCGAGCAGAAGCCAGAAGAGAAGAACACUACAGCCUUGGCAUCUAGUGAUGAUGAUUUGUUUGUUAUCGUUGAUCAUGGACUAUUAAACGUACCAUGUGAUGACUGCACCUGGGUGAUUGAUUCUGGUGCAUGUUAUCAUAUUACCUCACACAGGGAGUACUUCUCAUCCUAUACUAGUGGUGAUUUUGGCCAUGUGAGGAUGGGAAAUGAUGGUUCAUCCAAGAUCAUCGGUAUGGGUGAUGUUUGUUUAGAGACUUCCACUAGUUGCAGGCACCAAUGAAGGAAAAAGGAGAUUCCAACUCCAUGAUUUCAUGUUAAGGAAGAAGGAGCAAGAAGGAAGUAGCUAAAGUUUUUAAAAUCCUGAGUUCAAACACAGCAGCCCACUUCUAGGAACAUCCGGAAGGUAUCGUAGAGAAAGUUCGGCAUUGGAACGUUGAAGUUAGUGAGUUAAUCGUCGGAAUCAUGUUCAUCGACAUACCCGAAAUUCUGGACAGCAACUUUCUAUUGACUUCAGGUCCGAUUUACGCUAUCUUACAUA